CCCUGCUGUCUUUCACACACACACACACACACCGUGCUUCCAUGGCGAAUGCACAACGCGUGGUAAAAGCGCUUCUGUACUCGGUGGGGAUUACGGGGCUCGGAGUCGUCCUUUGGGCCGCGAUGACGCCCAGCGAGGCGCAGAGGAAGGAGAGAAUCAAGGAACUUCCUUGUUCCAGCCCUCAGCACCAGUCCGAAUUGCGACGUCAGAAUGCCCAGGUGAUGGAAAUUCUUAAAGAGGCAGCUGAAACCAACGAGAACGUGGCCCGGAGAACGUGGCCCUGGGUUCCCUCGAACAAGUAGAGGCAGCUGGUUGUAGAUACAGCCUACCUUACUUAGGCAGUCUGAUAAGCUUGCCCGCGUUCCAGUCCAAAUGAAGAAAGAGAGGGACAGUUCUUUGCUGAUGCGCUGGAGCUGGCUGAUGUUGCAGGACAGAACCUGACAGAUUUUUAUCGGUGGUCUGCCUACUGAGGAUAUUUGUUUUUCAGUUGCAGGUGUAUACUUCUUUCUCUGCCAUGGUGUACAAGUUGUUUUUGUAUAAGUGAUGAAUGAUAAAGGGCCUUCAUAAAUGGCAACAGCACCUUGCAAAGGGACUGUGAAUGGG